UAUUUCACUUAUUUCUGUUGUGUUCCUGAACUCUUUCAAGAAUUCCUCAAGUAUUCUCGCAUACUUGUACUCGUAAAAUAAAUGUUUCAAAAUACACAUCUUUUUUUGUGUUCUUAUUUUCGAUUUUUUGUGUUGAGUUGUUUCACACUAAUUUCCGAUAUGUAAAAUGUAAGUGUCGGAUUUGAAAACGGUUCAGUCCUUUACGAGAUUUUCAAAUGAUACAACGUGUUUUAAAGAAAACGAAAGAAAGAAAAUUAUAAAAUAAAUAAAAAGAGAAUAGUUUUUCUUAAAAAAAUUAAAAGUGUUUUAAAUAUAUUCUCACACAGAUUAUCCAAAAGUUUACAAUAUUAAGAAGAAAAGAAAAAUAUGACAUAAAUAAGUGUUUUUGUAAAGAAUUUUGAAAAAUGUAAUUUUUCAAAAAAAAUUCAAAUAAAACGAUAAAUAAUCGUUAAAUAAUAAUAAUUAAAUACAACGCACCUGUGAUAAAAACGCAAAAUAUCUAUAUACAAUAAUUUCUUCCAGUGUGUGUUUAUAGAAAAUCUAUCUAAUUUUAAGUACAAAAAAAGUUGAAUAUCGAAAAAAUUAAGAAACUGAAUUGAAUAAAAAUAAAAAUUGAAUUGACGUUUUGUUUGUGUACUGACUGAAUCAUCGAUCUAAAUUUAUCGAUAUUUACUCGUCUUCGAUUUUUGUGGAAACACAAAGUGUUCUUUUUUCUGUUUUCACAUCAAUUUAAUUAGAUUUUUUUUUUUGUUUUUAAUAAUAUUUAUUUUUUGUUGUGGUGUGUUUUCUUGUUUUAAUAUUAAAUUAUUUUUUGAUAAAAUUGAAAAUGACCAAGGAACAAACAACCGUCAUACCAGAGGAAUUAUACAAUUUAACACAAUUGGCUGAAGUCGCUGCAGAGCGUUUAAGUACAACGGAUAAAGUUGAAACCGGCGAUAUCGUUGCACACUCGAACAUUGUGCAAAGAUCAAUGGAAUAUACAUUAAAUACGAAACACGAAGUGGUAAAUGAAAAUGAAAAACCAGAUGUACUAACGAAAGACAUGAGAUCUCUUGAACAACAGCAGCUACAAUAUAAUCAUCAUCCGCAGCAUCAACAACAACAACAUCAGCUACAUGAGCUAGAACAACAAAUAACAGCAGACUCAUCAUCCAUAACACUAACAAAAUUGAGCUGUAAUGGAAAAUCAACACAAAAGACAGAAAACAGAUCACAACACAUAGCAACUUUUGAUAAUUACCAUCGUCGUCAUCAUCAUCAUCAUUACCAGGACCAGACACACCAACAUCAAGAUCAACAACAUCAUGAUGAUCAUCACCCUCACACUCAUCAUCAUCAUCAGCAUUACCAUACAAAUGUGUUGGGAACGUUUUAUUCAUCUUCAGAUGACGAUUCCAAUUAUUACAGUCACAAGGUAUUCGACCGAAAAAAACUACGUCGUUCCACAAUCUCGGAUAAUUCACGCUACGACGAGCAUUCAUCAUGCAGUAGUGCCCCGGGUGGUAGUAGCAACAGCAGCGGUGAUAGCACCAGUGGCGAUGAACAUCAUUAUACACAAAUUCAUCAUGACUCAAUUGAGGGUGGCAGUGCUGAUAUAGGUGGACUUAAACAAAUGCACAUUGACUCAUCCACGGGCUCUAGUCUAAAUCUUUUGGAUGAUGAACACAUCUGUCCGGAGUGUGGUAAAAAGUAUUCAACAUCCUCCAACUUGGCCAGACAUCGACAAACCCACAGUUUUUAUGAUUUUAGGUCGAUUAUGGAUAAAAAAGCCCGACAUUGUCCAUUUUGCGAGAAAGUCUAUGUUUCGAUGCCGGCCUAUUCCAUGCAUGUGCGUACCCACAAUCAGGGUUGUGAGUGCCAGUACUGCGGCAAAAAGUUUUCACGACCUUGGCUGUUGCAGGGUCACAUACGGACACACACAGGCGAAAAACCCUUCAAAUGUAAUGUUUGCACCAAAGCCUUCGCGGACAAGUCAAAUUUACGCGCUCACAUUCAAACCCAUUCAAAUACCAAACCACACACCUGCAAACGUUGUGGCAAAGCAUUUGCCCUGAAAUCGUAUCUUUACAAACAUGAAGAAUCCUCCUGCAUGAAAAAUCAUCACAAAAGUGUUGAGAAGGAAACACGAUCAAAUAAUCGACCCAUGCAGCCGGUACAAAUUGAAUCUCCAAAAAGUACAACUUCAAAUUAUGUGACUACUAACGGUAAUAAUUUGGCCGUUACAGUUACGAGCCCUGAAUCGGCCAAAACGACUUUGGCUACAAAGCUGUUGCAAAAAGAAAAGGACAGAAGACAGGCAGCCUUGCAAUAUAACCAUUUACCACAUACAAUGAUGACCAGCAAUUCUGGUCUACAGAUUAUAACAGUCAGCACAGAUGCACCGCUAGUUGACGGUUCCAGUCUGAAAUCGUAUACAAUGUUAACGAGUCCAAUGGGUCAGGAGGAGUAUGAACAUUAUAAGCGUAUCAGUGUUAUACAGACACCAUCAGUAACAAACACAACACCUCCCUCACCGUUACCAUGUACCAAUCUGGCCUCCCCCGAUAUCCACCCCUUCUCGACUGCCAAUUUAACAGUUUCACCUGCUUUAGCUCCCACCCACAUGCAAGUGCAAUUCUAUAACAGCGUUAAGACGGUAAAUGAUCACGACCAAAUUCAGGAACAGCCUGUAGAUUUUUCACCUAAAAAUAAUUUCACGCAUUCAGCAAAGACCAGUCCUUUUGAAUUGACUGGUAAUUAUGCUAUAAUGGCUUAAGAAGGUUUAAAAAUACUUCCUUACUCCUGCAAUCCUUUUGAAAAGCACUUCAAUUCAAUAAUAAAAAGACAAUGAAUCUGUGAGUUUUUAAUGUACCGCGAAUCUCAACAAUAUAAUUUAAAAAAAAACACCAAUUUGGAAAUUUUUUUGUUUGUUAACUAACUUUUUUUUAUUAUUUUAUGAACGUUUGUGAAAUUGAAAAACAAAUUAUAAAAUUGUUUAAAAUUUUUUUAAUUAAAUGAAAUAUGUAUUAAUGAUUAACCAUUUAACCAUGCAAUUUUUAAUUGCUUGGCAAAAUGUAACAAUUAAUUUAUUGAACACAAUUUAAACGACUGGCGCUAGCGUCAAAUUCUAAAUAAAUGUUAUCAGUAUUUUUAUUGCACAUAUUUAGAAACAUAAUUUUAAUACAAUUUGUAUGUGAAUUAAUGUAAAUGUUUUGAACUAAAGUCCAAAUCAAUUUCAAACAGUACGAGAUGCAGUUUGACUAAUUUUGUUAUCACUGUUCAUUAGACAGCCUCAGCAAAUGGGGAGACUACUUCACAACUCGAUUCAAAAAUUAAAUUUAAGAUUUAUUUGAUCUUAAACAUUCUGCUUCGAAUAGAAUUACGAAGUUUGGCUACAGUUUAUUUUUGUAAUUUAGAAAAUUGUUCAUUUUUGUUAGAUUUGUUCCCCAAUUUCUAAUAUUUAAUUUAUAUUUCAGAAAUUUCCAGUUUAUUUCAGAAGUUUACAUUUGUAUUUCAGAAAUUUCUAAUAUAAAUACAAAUAAAAAUUUCUGAAAUACAAAUUGAAAAUUCUCAAAUACAAAAUUCCGAAAUACAAUUAGAAAUUUCCGGAAUAUAAUUACAAUUUUCUAAUAUACAAUUACAAACUAAAUGGGAAAUGGUGUAGAUUUUUUGAAUACAUACCAAAACUAUAACAAAAAAAAUAUAGAGCCUUAAUGAAUAAUUAGCGAGACAUUAAAUAAUUAAAAAAUAUAUAUUUAAACUGCCAAAUUUUUACAUUUCAAAUUAAAAAAUUGGAAAAAAGGGAAACUAAUUUUGAAACAUUCAGAACAGAGGUACAAAAUGUUCAAACAUAACACAGGGCAACAAAAUCGAAAAAAUUUUAGAGGCUUUUUAAACCACUACACAAUUUUGAUAUAUUGUGGUUCCAGUAGUACAAAUAUGGUACAAAUUUUAAAUUCUAUGGAGAAGUUUUUUUUUAAUUUUUUUCUUCACAUAAUUUAUGAUAACUCAAAAACAAUAUUACUGAAAUAAAAAUAAGUGAAUUCCCUUAUUUUCAGAAAAUUGUAUAAGUACAUACGUACAAUUUUCUUAAUUGUGAAUAAAUUCGAAAAGAAUCAAUCGAUUUUUAUGAUCGAUAUCUCAUGUUGUUCCUAUUACAUGUGGCUUUUCGAUAAUGUAAUAAAUCUGAAGAAUUUUUGCCGAUUUCGAUUUUUUAUGAUUUUUGUAAAACAAAAAAAAAUGCAUUUUUCACGUAAAAAAUAUAUUUUUUGCUUUAAUUUGUUAUUACUGAGCCGAUUGAAACGCAAUAUAUAUGUGAAAAUUUGUAAAUAGCAUUGGAAAAAUAUUUUCAAAAUUCAAUCAAUCAAAAGAAGAACAUUAACUACUCAAUUUUAUGUAUAUCAAACAACAAAGUAAAAUUUUUUGAAAAUGAGCGAAUUCAAUUAAUUGUGAAUAAAUUUGAAAUGAAUCAAUCGAUUUUUAUCUUCGAUAUCUCAUUUUGUUCUCUUAUAUGCGGCUUUGCUAUAAAACAAUAAACCUGAACCAUUUCUGCCGUUUUCGAUUUUUCAUGAGUUUUUUAAUUUUUUGCUUCAAUUUGUUAUUAUAACUCCGAAACUACUGAGCCGAUUAAAAUGCAAUAUGUAAGCAGAAUAAAGGCUAUGUAAAUUGGAACUUUUUUAAGUUUACUUGAAUAAUAUUGGACUAACCCUUUUUGAGUUAUAAUAAAUUAUGUGUAGAAACAUCUAUAAAAAUUCGCAAUUUU